AUGAAGAUCACGGCGUUGGCAGUGCUGAAGUGCAGUCCGGAGGGGUUGGAUCCGGUGAUACUGGCGCAGGCGUUGGACGUGAGCCACUUCGAGUACUUCCAGAGGUCGAGCGUGAAGGAGUUCAUCGUCUUCAUCCCUGGCACCAUCGCCAGGCGCACCCCUCCCUCCCAGCGUCAAUCCAUCCAGCACGAAGAGCCCCUGGCAGGUUUGGUUUUGGUGGUAGGAGCUUGUUCCAAGGCCUAUUGUGAAGAAAAAGUGCUUGUUCCGGGAAUUGAGCACUUGCUAAGCUACAGAAUGCCGGCAAUAGUUGAAUUGUCAAAAGUGCCUAGGCCAGUCACGUAUGCUUGUCAUGCAGGACACAGACGUGCGCAUGAUCUCUGCCGAGGUGCCCAUCCUCUUUGCCAAGGCCUGCGAGCUCUUGAUCCUUGA